CGGUUGUUUGUUUGUUUUUUCAGUUUAGUCAUUAAAUAAAUCUCCCAAAAUGCCGAUUAUGUACAAUACGGGAGAGUGGUUCAAGUUGCAACCAGACUACUACAGAAAAGUAGAGCUGCCGACACCCAACUGGCCAAUCGAUAUUGACUUGGAGUACAUGCAUGUAGUGGCUGCACCGUAUGGGGGCCCCUUGGCUGCAAUUCGCGAUUCGGCCAAAGUGGUACCAGUUAAAGGUAUUUCCAGAUCCAUGAUUCGGAUAUUUGAUACCUCCGGGAAUGAGACAGGUCAUAUAUUGUGGAACCAUGGAAAACUUAUAUCAAUGGGCUGGUCAGAUACUGAAGAGCUGAUUUGCGUGUUGGAGAAUGCUAAAGUCUUUGUUUUCGAUAUGUUUGGAAACGAAAAGGAAUCGUAUAGUGUUGGUGGCGAAGCGAGCGUUAUCAAGAUUGUGGAGGCCAAAGUCUUUCAAUCCGCCGCCGGCACCGGUGUGGCAGUUAUGACUACGUCCGGUCGUAUCUUCCUGAAACAGAACAGCAACAAAACGGAACGAAAGCUUCCCGAUAUACCAAGUACAAGCUCCAAUGCAAAUUGCUCCUGCUGGGAGAUUGUUACAGAGGGUCGUAAUAGUUAUUGUCUGUUGGGCCGCGAAAGAGAAGUUAUCAAACUGUUGCAUGGUCAGACAGUUGGCACCGUAACCGCCAACUUGUUUGAGAAACCACACGAACGGAUUAUCAAGAUAUCUGUCUCCUACAACCACCAGCACCUGGCCCUGUAUACUAACACUGGAUUGCUCUGGCUAGGCAGCGUUGAUAUGCGUGAGAAGUAUUGCGAAUUUGAUACUGGCCGUAAGGAUAUGCCGCUGCAAAUUGAAUGGAUUAUGAACACCCACAACUCCGAGGCGGAUGCUGUUGUCAUUACAUAUCCCUCGUAUCUACUCAUUGUCAAUCGCAAUGCUGAUCGAAGUGAAUUUCCGUAUGAUCCCAUCAUGUUUCUGGUGGCUGAAAUGGAUGGUGUACGCGUUAUAACCCAGAGCUCACAUGAAAUGAUUCAACGUUUGCCAAAAUGUGUAGAGAAUAUUUUUGCUGUGAAUAGUCGGGAACCCGCUUGCUAUUUAUUUGAGGCAUCAAAGAAGUUCGAAGAGAAGUCUUAUAAUUCAGAUGAAUAUCUACGGCUGUGCGGCUCUGGAAUUGAAUUGGCUAUAAAUGAGUGCAUUGAAGCUGCAGCCUAUGAAUUCUGUCCCGAAACGCAGAAAAGUCUUAUGAGGACAGCAUACUUUGGUAAGGGUUUCAUACCCUCGCAUAAUCCUGAAGAAUACAUGCGUAUCUUAAGAAUUUUGAGAGUUUUGAAUACAUUGCGCCACAAGAAAAUCGCCAUGCCGCUUACAUAUAAACAGUUCUCGCAUCUCAAACCCGAAGUCAUACUGAGUCGUUUGGUCUUUCGUAAGCACUAUGCCGUUGCCAUACAAGUAGCUAAGCAUCUCAAGCUACCCGAAUCUUGGAUACUAGAACACUGGGCUUUUCAUAAAGUUAUGCAUGAUCAAAACGACAAUGAGGUAGCCCGUAAGAUAACAGAGAAGUUUAAGAACCCAUCUGUUGAAGGUAUUUCGUACUGUAAUAUAGCUGAGAAGGCACACCAAAGUGGACGUGAUGAAUUGGCUAUUAAGCUACUGGAGCUGGAGCCGCGUGCAUCACUGCAUGUUCCACUGUUGCUUAAAAUGGGCAAGUUUGAUCGUGCCGUGGCCAGUGCCACACAAUCUGGGGACACAGAACUGGUCACAUCGGUAAUCCUGGAAAUAAAGAAGAAAAUGAUGUUGUCCAAUUUUCAUAUGAUGAUACGAGAGUAUCCCUUGGCGUUGAACAUGUAUAAGAAGAUUAUGCUUGAGUCAAGUCGUACAGCGCUCUAUGACAUAUACAACACAGAGGAUGAUCACAAGUCAAUUGCCGAGUUCCAUUUUUACAAUGCAAUUGAUAGCGAGGGACUCGAAUCAAACCUGGCCAUUAUUGGGAGUAGUUAUGCACAAGGCAGAUGCACCGUGGAGGCCGAACUAUGCAACGAUACGUCACGCAUCUUAAAGUUACAGAGAACUCAUACUUCUAGGCAGAAUAAUGCUAUAUUAAUGAACGGGCUAUCCAUACACGAUACCAUGCUCCAGCUGCUGCGAAUGGGCGAUAUAAAGGAGGCCGAGAAGAUCAAAAGCGAAUACAAGGUGCCCGAUCGAAGGUACUGGUGGAUGCGUAUACUUACCUUAGCCGAGAAGCUCAACUGGGCGGAGCUCGAAAAGUUCUCAAAGAACAAAAAGAGUCCAAUUGGCUACGAACCCUUUGUAGAGGUCUGCCUUCAGCAGGACAACACACGAGAGGCACGAAAAUAUAUUCCCCGCUGUCCAGAUAAACGCAAGAUGUAUUGGUAUAUGCGAGCCAAUUUGUACGAGGAGGCCAUUGAUUGCGCAUUUGACCAAAGGGAUUUGCAUGGUCUGCAUGAGUUGAAACCAAAGAUAGUUCAGAUUGGGGAUCAACACCUGCUUGAAAAGAUUUGUAAUUCCAUAGCAACGCUUGAGACAAGACGUUAAAUUAAACAUUCCCACAUAUUAAUCCAUGUCUAUUUAUUAUACCAUCAAUUAAUUGUUGUUGUUUUAUUAAUUGAAAUGGGGUAGCCCAUUACGCAUAUGCCGAUGUAUCCAUACUCAAAAUAUGUAACCAAAUAAAUUAUUCAUUAAUGUUGAAAGUUAAACAUGAA